AAAUCUCAAAGCAGCAGAAGAAGAAGAAGAAGAAGAAGAAGAAGAAGAUAACAUACAUGUGUAAAUGUGUGGCUAAGUUAAACAGCCCAUUAAGUCGUUGACUUUAUUUUUAUGGUUUCUCUGGCUUUCUGUGGUUAGAUAUCAUUUAGGGCAAUGAAGUACUUUUAAAAGGUUUCGUUCUUAGUGAAAUUAUAAAAACGAACUCUAAUAUUAAAUGCUGCCAGUUAGCAUUGUGCAAAGAGCAGCUAACAAAGCUAACAUCAACAGCUAGUUGAUACAGCAACAUUUCCCAGCAAACGUUAGUCAUUGUUUCUUCACAGAUGGCUGAUGAUAGCGUGAAAAGUGAAGCUUCGGCCCAUCAGGAAAAUAAUAAUGGAGAUAAUAAGAGCAGUCAGAAGGUAGUGAGUAGUAACGCAGAAGAGGCAGCAGAAAACCAAACUUUGUCCAAAAGGCAAAGGAAGAAGCUUCAGAAGCAGCAGAAAUGGGAAGAUGACAGGGAUCUACGAAAGCAGAGACGAAAGGAGAGGAAGCAGCAGCGUCAGCUGCAGAGGCACAAUCAUCAGGAGGAAGACGGAGGAGAGGCCCAGAAAUGUAGGAAACGUCCACGCCGAGAGGUGACGCCCAGCUCACUGAAGCUGGUGGUGGACUGCAGCUUCGACAACCUCAUGCUGGUCAAGGAUGUUGGGAAGCUUCACAAACAGAUUCAGCGGUGCUAUUCUGAGAACAGACGAGCCUUGCAUCCAGUGCAGUUUUACCUGACAAGCCUGGGAGGACAGCUGAAACAGAGCAUGGACGAAAAGGACAAAGGAUGGGUCAACUGGAAGGACAUCACCAUUAAAUCCGAGCACUACGGUGAAGUUGUGGCAAAGGAGGAGCUGGUGUACCUGACGUCAGAUUCUCCAAACGUGCUGGAAGAGCUGGACCACAAAAAGGCCUAUGUGAUAGGAGGCCUGGUGGACCACAACCACCAUAAGGGGAUCACUUUUGAGAGGGCGAAGGAGCUCGGGAUUGCUCACGCUCAGCUUCCUCUGAGCAGUUUUGUAAGGAUGAACAGUCGGAAGGUUCUGGCAGUCAACCAUGUUUUUGAGAUCAUCCUGGCAUACAUGGAGCAGGGCAGCUGGCAGAAGGCCUUCUUCACCAUCCUGCCUCAAAGGAAAGGAGCGGUGGCUGUCGUCGAAGACGGAACAACUAUUCAGGAAAAAGAAGAGGAAGAUUCAGACUCUGACCCCGACACACCAGACCAAACUGAAAAACAAGCUCAAACAUAGUUCAAAUGGACAACUUCAAACAAAGUUCAGACAUCUGAUGUUGUGAGGAAAUGUCUGGAUAUAUUGAUGCUUAUGCUGUGCCUGAAAGAGAGAUGUUUCUAUUCACAAAGUAUGCGUUUCUUUGACAUUUCAAAAUACUUUUUUUUUCUUUUUUAAAUAACUAUUUAAUAUCUAAUACUCUGUAUUUAAGUUUUCAUUUGUGCCUUCUGUAAUGGGUAAUCAUUUAGUUGAACAGCUAUUGGAAAUUUCAGUUUUGAUACAAUUGUUGGCAGAAUAUACAGUUGUUAUUACAGAAAAUAAUUAAUAUUUGAGUUUUUAUUCCUUUUUCUUUUCUUUUUUUAAAAGCUUAGAGCUCAAGUCGUCAGACUGGUGCUAAAUGUAUUCAUUUAAAAGAAAAGAUUUAAAGCAGGAUAAAGUUAACACAUGACGAUUAUUGUCACAGGACUUCUUGGAAUAAUAUAGUCACAAUAAGAAAAUUAAGAAUUUGAUACAUUCUAUAAAUUAGUCUUUUUAUAUGAUAUUUUUAUGCAGAAUAAUGUCACACAAAAUCAACAAGAAAAUACUGUAUAUUCUUACUCUGCUUUUGGGAGACAAUUAAAAAAGUAAAAUAAGUACAACAGUACAUUAAAAUGAUAGAACAACUCUGAUUGAAAUGGUUAGAAAUUAAAACUGCAGCAAAAAGAA